UUUGAUGAUGUUUGUUUUCUUUUAUCCAAUCUGUCUAAUUCACCUUUGUGUACGUAGUAGACAUAAACUUUAUGGUUUUGGUUAUUCAUUCUACAUGCCUUUUGGACAGAGAAGGCAAGGGAGCUUUCAUUGUCACCUAGAGAAACUUUCUUAAUUUUGAUAUUUUGCAAUAGAAACGUCAACACAGGUCUCUGUACUGGCAUCACUGUUUCAAAAUGCAAAUAAAAUGAAGCAACAACUCAGCCUGAAUAGUAGCUGUUCCUGCAACGUAGGAAACUUGAGUAAAAACGUGACUGGAAGGAGAACUUUAGAACCUGUGUAUUUUUCUCCAUUUGAGCAUCUUUGUCUUGAUGGGGUUUUAGGCUUAUAGCCCCUGAAGGGCUUAUACUGGAAAAAGCCUGACAUUUUAAAUCUAUUUACCCAACUGUCAAAGUUCUACGGAAAGUUUUGUGCAAAGACUUUUAGCAAAGAAAGAAUGUUUAUACAAUUUAAGGAUUGGAAAAACUGUAAAAGAAAACGUUAUGUGGAACUAAGAGAAACAAAGUAGCUGACAUUGUUAGAAAUAUCAAAAACUUACCAAUGUAGGUAUCUAAUAGCAAUUUUUCAGAUUCUAAACUGGGCUUUGAUUAUACAAUAUAAGACAUAGAUACAUGUUUAUAUGACGAAAAGAGCUAAAUAAAUCAAAUACUGCAGAGCCAUAAACUAGCAACAGAGCCAAAUAGCAAGUAUACAAGUAAUCAAGCCGCCUUUGGCCUCUUUAGUUUGGAGCGUUUCGGAAAAAACAACAAUGCCAUUGAUGAGACGUUGUUUUUCUUUUCAUUGUCUGAAAGGCACUUUUUAGUGGCUAUUCAGGUCUUGAAUUAUUUGCUACUGGAAAUCAUUAAAUAUUUAAUGAUUGAAGCCCAUUUAUAUGUACUGGCAAAACCACUCCUUAGGUGAAUCAAACCUCUAUAAAUGUUUCAAAGAGAAGCGAUUGAUGAAAGGUGUAAUUGGACUUUUGAUACUCAAAAAGUAGAGAAAACGAAAAAACCCAGUUGGCCCUAUCAAAUCUUACGUUCUUACCUUAUCUUACAAAGCUUACAUUUGUUUCGCAAAACUGUUAUAUUUGCACAUAGUUUCACUGUGACAAUAAUACACAGGCGACAAAAAAUUAAGCCCAAAUGAUGUUGUCCAAAUGAAAAGUUGUCUGCAGCGGUAAAUCUUCCACGUAUCUGCGUCACUCAGCAGCACUUUUAAAGACUUUGACGUCACUUUUUAUUAGACAGUUUGAAACCAUCAAUAUAUGUACUUACUGUUUUGGGUCAGGUUUGCUUAGUUUGUAUAUAAAACCCAUUUAUUCAAGACUCUGAUUCAGACAGAAGCUCUCUUCAAGAUAUACGAUGGUCAAACAGAGCUAUAGUUACUGAUUCGGUUUUUCUAUUUCAAAAUUCUAUUUUCUUUCAAGAUUAAGGGACAAAUAUCACUUCAAUCUAUGAUAACAAACUAAACAUCUCUGGAUUCUCUUUCUGGAAACACUGUAUGCAUUCUCGUGUAAACUGCAGGAAGUAGAGUGAGAAUAGAGCUGCUCUGCAAGAUUCAGAGGAGACUUUUUCUAACGUACUGUCAACGGAUUUUGUGGCGUGACAAAAUUUAAAAGUUUCUUUGGAAAAAGCAACAUUUUUUACUAUUCUAAGGUUUUGCUAAGGCACUUUUCAUGUAGUGAAACUAUGUACCCUAUUAUGGAUCGAAAUAGGCCAGAGGCGCAAGCACAUGACUAUAAAGGUUGUCCAAUCAGUGCUGCCUGCCUAUUUCAACCAGAACUGGCUUUAUAUAUUUCUAAGCUUAGAGUUCACGUUCAGUAUUCAGACGUUUUAAACUCUAGAUAGUGUUAAAUAAAAAAUUCAGUAUCCUUCAGUAUUUUUGCUUUUCUAAGGCCUUCUUGUUCUCUGCCUUUAAUCGAAAUAUUCUGUGCCUUGGUUUUGCUACUGCUGGUAAUAUUUGCUUUCCUCUUUUUUCUAUUAAAUUCUCAACUUUUUAAAUGCAUACGCUGUCACAACUUCUACCGUCACCCUUUCCCUAGCAACAACUCCCACCAAAGCAAAGGCGUAUUGGAUUGGCGUGUGUCCUAUGCCCUCCCCCACACCUUUUAUUCGAUUUCAUCAGCUGUUUACUGGUUGCAAGCCGAAGCAAUAUAACAUUAGUUAACUUUGAUCGAAUUGCUCUUUUUACGAUCGCUUUGGAUUUUAUGAUCAUCGUGAUUGCACCAAUUAACGUUAUAUGAAAUAAUGGCAACCUCUUCUCCCAUCCGGGUUUGUAUGAAAUUAAGUCUUUGAAAGGUGGUAGGAACAGGAUAAACUUUAAGUCGGAAAUAAAAAACCAAGAGACAGUUAAGGUUUCUUUGAUCUCAAAGGGUUAUUAUUUGCAGUCCAUGCAUUAACUGUUUCAUAGUGUCAGUAAAGUGCGCUACAAGGUUAAUAAGAUUUCCUCUUGGCUAUUCAGCCUCGUUCCUAUUCUAUAUUUCUCUUGUACUUAGACGGUUUAUUAAUCAAGCUUAUUUCCUGAGAAGCUUUUUAGAAGCCUCCAAGAAUUGUCCACUGUAACUUGAUUGAGUCUGCAGUUUGCGUUCAGAACAUCUUCGCUACAAAUUGACGCAUGCAGUGGACGUUUAUCUUUUAUAGAUUUUUAUCAGGAGUAAUAGAAGUUUUGUUCUAAGUGCUUGUUUCCAAGGCCAUUGUGCGUUCUUUCCACGUGUGACGAAGCGAUCUGAAUCCAGCAAUAUAAACUAAUGACACACGCUGUGUACAGUUUUCUAUCCCAUCAACCCUCUUCUACUUGACUAUUUAACUCUUACAAAACUUUUAUUAAUCACUGCUUCGUUAAACAUCUCAGUUAUCACUUUCUCUCGUGUUUCCUUCCCGUUCUCUAUUAACACGUGACUAAGUAACUAGGUUUCAGCUCUCUCAUAUCUCCACCCACGCGAGAGCGAAUCCAUCAGGAUUUGCUAUGCGUUUUGGUUUGGAUUCUAAACAAAAAUAAAAUUCUAUUUGGUACUGGUAAAUGUCAAAAACUGGAGACACAACAGUUUCAUUAAACUGAAACAAGCCUGUGCUGGAAUUGAACCAACCAGAAUGUCUGGAAAUAUAAGACUAUGUGUUGGCCAUCUUCAUGUCAUAUACUCUCUCUUCGCACAAUUCCCAACGACUCUUCUUUUUUCACCUGCAAGAGUGUUUAUUCACGUCCUAGGUGCUAAAGUUGUUGUAGAAUAAGUUUCAAUAAUUUAAGUUUUCAUUUUUAGGAUACAAGACUGUAGAAAUUGGCCUUAAACUUCGAGAAUUAAAAUAUCUAAUACCGCUCUACAGGCUUUAGGAACUUCGCUCGUUGAUUAUAGCCGAUUACAGUCGCAAACUGGUGCUUAGCCAAAAAGUUAGACAAUAGACUUUUCAGAUCAUUACAGAAGCUACGCGGCUGCUUUUCGUUCAAAACAGCAAAGGGAUUUGAAGGCUGAUGGCAUACAAAUUUCUCCAGCCAUUCAUCUCUUUUUCUUUGCAAACCCAUUGUUCUAACUGUCAAUAGAAAGCUAGCGAUGUCUAAUGAGUGAUAAUCGAUGAUAACAAGAGUAGAUCUGAAUACAGACUCAUUUAAUCAGAAUCAUAUUUUAUAGAGAAGGGAAAUGUUGAUUACAAUUUCUAUCGUCAUAUACAGAUUUGAAUCUUCUUGUACACUGCAAUGAUAGCAAAAGCGUUGCCUUAGAUUCUCUUCUGCGCACCUGCGAGGCUUCUUAUCAGCGCUUUUGCGGCUGUGCGAUUCCGUCAGAUUAAAAAUUUGUUUACUUUAUGCAGCGUAACCCCCCCGAUGGGCAGCCUUCAAUGAAAUGGUUUUGGAAUCCGGCCGUUUUUCGAAUCCGUCGUUGUCUGCUAAACAUUGGUGUUGAGAAUACAGUAAUGGUUACGUUGUUAUUUCAACCCAGAUACGACGAUAAGUUUAGCUAGACAUAAAUCGAAGGAAGUCUAAAGUUACCAAUGUGUUGAAGCUAUGGCUUGUCCAUACGCUGAUUGGCACUUUUGAAAAACCAACGACUACGACGCUAUAAAGUGGUAAUACCAUUGGAAACAGAAGUAUCUCAGCUGCAGGAUUUAUCCUCGUUGUGGAGUUUCAACAUCUGGUUUGGCAGGGAUUUCUGCUUGAACGGUUAGUGCGCUUGAUUCCAUCACAAAGGUGGAGAGGAUUUGUGGUGAUAGAAAGUGGCUAUUCAUUAGAAGUUGGAUAUCUAACUCAACAUUUCUGGCCACAUUUCAAGUGCAUCCUUAAACUCAAAAUCUUGAUUUCAAAAUGGCGGCUGGUAAUGGCUCAGCUACAUCUACCGAACAGAUUGUACACUUCUAUCUUUAUGAAAAGGUGAUAAUGUUGACAGUUCUUGUCGUUGUCUCGCUGACAGGUAUCAUCGGCAAUGCUCUAACAUGCGUCAUUUUUGUACAAAACAAAUCAUUGCGAACGUCAGCAAACUUUUUGAUCGUAAGUUUGGCGGUAGCCGACGUUCUUCAGUCGUUUAACAUGAUAUUCAUUUUCGUAAGCAUUGUAGCCGACAAGUGGAUUCUCGGGUACGGUCUUUGCCAGCUUUGUGGCUGGACUAACAUGAGCUUCAUCAUCACUUCUGUUGUGAACCUUGCUUUGAUCAGCCUGCAGAGGUAUUACGCCGUAGUAAAGAAGACAAGCAAGAAGCUGUUCAAAAAGAGAAACACAUUGAUACUUAUAGCAAUUUCCUGGGUCUAUCCGGCCAUUUUCUCCAUUGCUCCAAUUCUGGGCUGGGCAAAGUAUGAAUAUCGGCCCGGUAAACUGAUAUGCACUUUACAAUUCUCUGAAAGCAUUUCAUACACACUAACACUCAUGUCCCUGGCAAUAUUCACACCAUUUGCUAUAAUGUGCUAUGCUACCUAUCGAAUUGUCAAAGAGGUAAAACAAAGUCGCAACAGAGUGGCACACUCCAUCUCUGCCGUUCAGCAAAAUCGCCGAUUCGAGACACGUAUAUCAAUCAUGCUUGUCAGUGUAGUUGUAUUCUUCUUCGUGUUCUAUUCUCCAGCAUCGAUCGUUAAUCUCAUCCAACUUGGACUAGGCAAUCAUUACAUCACCCCUUACCGGAUCGAUGCCUGGUCUGUCAUCAUGGCUAUGUUCAAUCAUGCAAACAAUCCCGUGAUCUACUCGAUAUUAAAUCCAAAUUUUAGAAAGGGAUUCAAAGGUCUAUGCUCUCAAGAAAAGCGGAAGCAGUUCCAUACUGCCAUGGAAAUCGAAUCGCGCCAGACACACCAGCCGCAGGACCAUAAUAACUCGAAGCCAGAAAUGCGUCCGUGAGAUCAGAUAUCUGGUCGCCCAAAACAUGUAACAGAAACGGCUCGCAAAUGCUGUCUAUACCCUUUUCCGGUGCUUUUGGAUUUAUGACAAGGCUAGGAAUGAAGUUUUUCACGUAGAUGGAAAACGCUUAUAGAAGUUCCCUAAACUUGACGUAAGUACUCUCAAAGGGAAAUUCGGCUCUUCCAGAAUAUCAGUAUCUGAAGUGACUUGUAAAGUGAACUUUAGAUGCAUGUCACUUGGCUCUUUUUCACCAGUGGCUUUAUACGAGCCAAAUCCUGUCGUUGCAACAACAAAAAUUGCCAUCAGAAAGAUAAAGUCAACGCUUAAUUUUUACUAUUUAGUUGCCAUUAAAUAUUUAGCUUAAUUUCGAUACUCAUAAACUGUAAAAGAAAGAUUUGGUUUAGGAAUUAAAUGCUAUACGAGCUUUAAGUUUUUAGGCCGUGAUUCAUUUUUAACAUGUUGAUCAAUCAAUGAUUCCAUGUUGCAGUUUUUUUAUUAGAAUGUUAUAUUAAUUGAUCUCUUGCAUCAUCUAAGGUUAAAAAAAACUGAUCAGAUUCGAACACGGCCAGUAUAACUAGGCUAUGAAAUAGCUUUUGUCUGUUUGUAACCGCUUUCCACCGGGUGAUACUUCACUCUGUGGGAUUGGUUGCCUGUGUGAAGUGCACUGAUGCUUUAACCGUCUAGCAGCUUGUAUUGUAACUCGUGGAUUGGUGUGCUGUCUGUAAAUAGUAAGCUCGGGCAAAAACUGUGUUCCAGGAUCUUCUAAUUUUCUUGUUAACUUGCUCUUUAAAGCCAUGUAGAAAUUACAGUGAACUUCUCCAUUUUGAUGGAUAAUGUUAGUUCUAUAUUCAGAUGAAAAUUAAAGGCGUUUUUUUACUCUUUCCCGCUUAACAAUGCAUGAACCUUGCAGCUUUCGUAAGUAAAAUGUCAUAAGCUGCGCUUAGUGACCUUUUGUGAAAGUACAUAGGUAUCUAUCGAGAUUUGGGGUGAAAGACCGUGCGUGUUGUGUUGUGAUUCUUUGGGUUUGUGUUUGCGAACGAGCAAAAUGGUGCCUCAUUCGCCUGAAUUUAUUCGAAUCUUUGGCAAUUCAUUAAAGGAAAAGCUCUUUCAAAAGGUAAUCGAAGGAUACAACCUCAGUGGCUGACGUUGUUGUCUGCAUUCUACUGUCAUUUAGCACAGAAGUUUACUAAGAGGUAUGGUGAAUGGAAACUAUUUCGCACACAAUUGCACUAUCAGCAACUACAGAUUGAAGCAAUAGAGAAACCGAACCCUGUACUAUACAUUUUGUAAAAAGUCAUGCCGAUUGCUACUGCCAUCCCCCUUUUACACUGCACAUAUUUCCAAAAACUCUGAUAAAAUCGCACAGGUAUGCAGUGUAGAUUCGCAAAAUGAAUCGAUGUCAAAAGUGACAAAGUAACUUGAAGACUCCGACUGCUAACGCUGAGAUAUUUCAGUAGCUUUCAGUAGCUUUUUUUCGAUUUAAUUCAGGCAAACGAACCAAACUUUGGUCUUUCACAAAACAUAAACCUAAGGAAUCGUAACACAAUACGCGCGGUCUUUCACCCAAAAUCUCGACCCAGUUCCCUUUGACGCGGUUAGUUGAAAAGAUGUAUAUGAAGAGAUUUGCUUUGCGACUCGUAAAGCUUUAGAUUCUCUAUAAAUGGCAAUAAUCCCAAUAUCAGAAUAUUCUUUAGGAUGUUUUGCAAAAAAUAUUGUAGAACAUAAGUAGUCGAUGCAUCUGGAUUUGAUUGUUAUAACUUGUAGCGUCUAAACAGUUAUGUAAGAAUAUUAAAUUACAACGAGGAUUUGAUCAGAAUUUAAGAGAAAUUCAUAGUUAAGCAAUAACUAUUAAAAGCUGCUUUCUGUCUCAUUUUUUCUCUUGUUUUUUGUGAUUGAUCACUAAAAGGUUUUUUUAUCAAUAUUUUUUCGAGGUUUUAUCAUCAUAACUUGGCAUUUUGAUGUUAUGCUAAUAAAACAUACAGAUUAUACCAGCAUUUCCCAAAUCAAUUUCUUACAGCUCUAGCUGCUGUUUAUUUUGCAAUUUUAUAUUGUUAGUGAUUUGCUAAAACUUCGAUUAUCCCAGAAAAGUCUUUGCUUAUGAGAAAUUCAAAUUACUCUCGUGUUUUUGUUUAUUUGCAUCUUGAAUGCAAAUUCAAUAUAUUCAAUUGCAGCUGUGUAACUAUUACAUAUUACAAGAGAUCAGAAUGUGCUUGCCUAAGUCCUUCUGGAUUUUCUGGGUCAAUAUCGUCACAAAGAACGUACAGUGUUGUUCAAAUAUCUAGCAUUGAAUCAUUAGCAUAUUUGUGCCUUCUGUUAGAUAGUCUUAGAAACCCUAAGUUUACAAGGACAACCGCUUCAUAGCAUGCAUCAGAGCAUUUCAAUCAAAGAUAUAACGUUUGCAAUGUGGAGAUUAGCUGCCAUGAUACAUAAUGGCAAAAUAAACAAAUCAUAACCCUGCGUGUAAUUGAAUAAAUCAGAAUAUGUAACAGAAAAACUUUAUUUCUAAAAUCAUGAAAAAAUGGAGCUAUUUACUACACUAGACGCCAAUAUUACCAAGAAAAUAAACUAGAUGUGUUUUCAUAUGUGAAGAAAUGAAUAAACAGUGGCAUUUGCUCUCUGCUAAGGUACACAGAAGGCUAUCACAAUCUUUUAUUACGAAUUAUUUCUUUGUACUUUUGUGCUUGUAUGCAAACUCAUUAACGCUGCGUAAUUAUGACUUCAUUAACCGCCGCUGUGGCGGAGGUAUGGAAAAAACAUAUGAUUAGUGUCAUAAAGGUGCGAGAUAGGUUUCUUGAACAACUAGAAAACCGUUUUCAAAAAGGUGAAAGUUAUCAAUGUGCUUUUUAUUUUGCUUUUCCGACAAGUCAAGGUAAAGUGGAAUCAUGUUGGAAUAAACCCUUUGAUGAAAAGCUCCGAUAUUUUAUUCUUUAGGAAAUGCAGAGUUGGCACCUCUAUCUCCUCUUAGACGAUAAAUCAGCUCAAUUAUAUCUAAUUACUCCAUUGUUUCGCCUUCCUCAUCUAUGAUUGUGCUACACGUGGUAUACCAACAAACCUUUAGAACUGUUUGAGUACAAUUUUACCACCUUGCAAGAAAUGCUGAAUUUUAAAAAACUUACGGAAGCCGCAGAUGCUAGCUGUAUCACUAGAAAUGUCGUUUUUAAAGCUGUUUCACAAAAUAUUUACUUUGGAAUCAAAUUGUCAUGUCAACUGUGAAUCAAUUAUUGCUUGGAAAUCAAUUUUAAAAUUGAUAAUGGAUUAUCAUUUUUUACCUUGCCACCGAAUCGCAGCUUUUUCUUCAAACCACUUUUAUGUUGACGACUCGAUUACUACAGUUUUGCCUGUUUGGUAAAACAUUUCCUGAACAGACCUUUUUUCCACUUGCACUUCCGUAUUUUCUGCUUCGAUCAACUCUAUGUCGACGACUCAAUAACUACAGCUUGCCUUUUUGCCUGAGCUUUGAUACGGUACACGGAAAGUUUUUGGCGAUUAUCUAUUAAUUUGGGGAAAAUUUUAAUGCAGCGCCAUUGAAGCGCCACUUGGUGUUGAUAUUUGGUUAUCGUAGUAGCAUUCCAUAUUAAUAGUCCUUUUUCUUGAGUCAUGGGGAAUAAAAUAUCUAACAAGACUUCGUGGCUAUGAAGAAUCCUCAGAGCAAAAUUGUUCAGCAACUAAAACGAACUUAGGUUAUUUGCUGCAGCGGAAUAACAUUUUAGUUUCUGGCAAUGGUUUUAGCUUCGAAUUUUCUCUGCAAAAUAAAAGAAAGAAUCAACUGCAGCCACAACUGAAUUGCCUCUAGGGGUGCUAUUAAGAGAUUAAGUAGCACUUUCAAGGUUACACAGGGUUUUAAUUCAGAAAUGACCACCUCACAAACACCGAAGGUCAGUGUUGAACGCCUGCAUUCCUCAUAUCCUGAAUCACAACUGACUUACAUUCUUAGUUACAUUUACUUGUCAUACACGAAUUGGUUUACAAUCAACCAACAAGCUAAACAACAACAGAGUACUAUCAUCAUCAUCAUCAUAAUAAUCAUCAAUUUAAUUAACCUAAAGUACAAUUCAAUACUUAAAAAAGCUCUUUACAUCUAAAUGACAAAUUAGAGCUUCUUACGCAAACGUGGAAAAAAAUUAAUUAAUUCACAGCAACAACAAGUAGCUACAACGAGUACAAAGCAUAGUGACAGCAGUACAUUACAAAUUUGAUACAGAGAUGAUGACAUAUAGAUUGAUUACAGGCUAGAUACAUUACACUUCGGUCAUGGCAUAACGUCCAACUAAAACUUUUCUUUACGUAAUCAAAUUGGUAAUUCUUUUUAUAUUUAUUCAAUUUUGCGUUAUCGGACCUAUCGAGUUUUCAUAAAAUUGUAAACAUUGAUAAAUCGCUGAGAAAAGUGAAGUACCCUUUUUCAUUUCCAAAAGUAAAAGAUUAGGAUAAAAAAUAUGAUUACAAAUAAUGUCAAAACUUUUGAGAAAAUCCUUAUUUCAAUUUUGUUCAAAGCAUUUAUGUGGAUCUGAGCAGAUAAAAAUUUUUCUAUUAAACUUAACUAGAAGACAAUUUUAAACUAUGAACUUAACAAUAAUUAGGCAUUGAAAAUCUAUUGACAAUCUUAUUUUGAUGAAAGGCAAUUGCAUAUAAAACAAUAUAGCUGUUUAUAAUUUCCUUUUUAGCAACGCAAUUCGUUGAUAUAACAUGAAUAGAAGUAAAUCUACUAUCAUCCUUUAGAGAGUAGAGUACUAUCGGUCUCUCCUUGUUACUCAUUAAAAUCCCACAAGCUGUAAUAAACAAAAGGUGCAAACUGAUUAAAGUCUCCCGCAAUUGAGAAUUCCUCUUCAUAUUAACACACCACCUGCAAAUGGAAUUUCGUUGGAUAUCCAUUCAGCAAACAGCCCUAGACGAGGUUCAAUAAAAAAUCAAUUCAGUACCAGUCCCGCUGCUUCUCAGUUGAUUAAAAUAUUUUCCAACGAACGAUGUUUGUUUGAUCUGGAUGUGCAGUCAACUUCAGUUCUUUAUAGUAAAAACAAAAGCCAAAUUUAUGAACUGCUAGCCUAGGAUAAAUCACUUGAUUAGAUCUAUGGAGGUCUUCUCAAAUAGGUUUCUAAUUGUCAAAAAGAAUCAUUUCUCACUUUAUUAUUAAAAAUGGAAUUUCAAGCUGUUUUUUAUAGACCAGGCGAGGAAGGGGGGGGGGGUAUCGUCACCGAUCGAGGGUAUUGGCAAGACCAACUCUAUUUGGUCAAUUUCGAUACGCUGAUUACGAAAAUCGAUGUUAUACGGAGAAAUUCGGUACCACUAAUCUAAAAAACAGACUGGAUCAAGCAUCUAUUGUCGAAAAAUGUGGCCGGGCUUUGCGGCCAUCUUUGUAUGCCCAAACGCAAUGAAGAGAGGGUAUUAUAGUUUACGGAAGGAGACUCGGAAAAUGCGCAAGUUACAAAUCUUUGCUUAGGAUAACUCGUAUACCCGAAAUACGUUUAAUUAGCAAUCCGGAAUGAACACACCUUUUACAGGACCAGGUGGUUAGCUUUGCAGUACCCUGAGAUGAAAUGUGGCUCCGAGAAAACGUCAAAGUUCUCGCAGGGUAGCCCUUAUAUUGGCCUAAGCCUUCUGGGCAGCCAUCAGAUCAGUAGGAGGAAAGUAGUACUAAAGGUUUGUGAAAUAUAUGUUUGAGUUUCUGGAGAAGAUUAGCUAGUCCUCUGCUUAGUGUUGCAGUUAAGCAUUGGCAGUCUAGUUGAUCAUGGUUGGGAUGCAGCCGGUAACGCAUCGUGGGGUAAAGACCCAGAUAAUGCUGCGGAGCUGCUUCUAAAUGUCAAUCAAGAUGCUGAAGAAGACAAUAUUGAUUCAAUGAAUGACCAUUGCUCUGAGGAUGAGUAUAGCGAUGACUCUGACUACAACGGAAGCUAGAAUGUUUAUGCCAAAUAACGUUGUAUGUAUAUCAGCCGUAUUAUAUUGCCUUUUGGCAUAUUCUUUUUUAAGUUUUUAAAGCAAAUCUAUGUGCCGAGCAGUUUUUCUCUAUGAAAACGAUGAAUGCACGAUUUUAGAAUGAAAAAAGGACCCGUGCAUUCAGAAUUCCGCCGUAUGAGAUCAACCUU